CGACAAUAGACUGUAGGUACACCGGAAGUGAUUCGGAUGAGCGCCAUAUCCAAACUUCAAAAUCUCUGCAUUCUGUGAUAUUGAUCAAGAUAAGAUGGAGUCUGAGGUUUUGGAAAUAAUGAAGAUGAAGGACGAGUUUGAUCCUGGCCUGUAUGCACAGAUGGAGCUGGUACAGCAGCGCAAGAUGUUUGUGAAGACAAAUUAUUUCUUUGUGAACGCCAAGAAGCAGUUCCUUAAGAGUCUGUACAUGGAUCCCAGCAAUUGGUUGACUACAGAGCAAGCUGAUGCUGAGUUAGAGGAAGCUUCAUCAGAGUUGCAGGAUGUCAAGAGUGAAAUAAAGGAUGUCAAGACAGCCAUUCAGUCUCUGUGCGAGUCUGCCGAGGAAAGCUUCUCCCUGCUGACACAGAAGCAACAGCUGCUGGAGGAGAAGAAGCGAGAACUGGAGGAGAAGAAACACAAACUGCAACAGCGGCAGACGAAGAGUAGCAGCGCACAGCUGGAGAGGGAUGAUACAGUGCAGGGCAGCACUGGUCCGGAAAUGAUCAACAACCUGUCAAAAAAGAUAGAAGCUGUGGAGUCGGCCAUCUUGAAGUGUGAUGAAGCAAUAGAUCAUGUGACCUCUGAGCUGCAGUUGAUGCAGCCGACCAUCAAAACAAUGGAGCAGGCGGUCUCACAAAACACCAACAGGCUACAGCAGAUCACGGCAGAGCAGAAGGGGAAGAAGAGUGUCAUCUCACAGCUUGUUAAUCACCUGGAGAGGCUGGUGAGUGAGAUGGAGGCGAUGAGUGGGCUGACAGUGAUCCCCCUGAGUUGGAGUGGUGUGCGGGUGGAGUUCCCCCGGGCAGGGACUGAGGGGGUGCAGCUGGCUCUGUCCCUCGAGUACUUGGAAAACAAUCUGGGUGACCUGGUGCUUAAGUCUGCUGAGGUGAAUGUCGACUCAAUCGAUGUGUCGGAGCUGCUAAAGGAGGCUGUCAUCCAUAAUGAUGUGCCAGCGCUUGUCACAAAACUGAAGUCACGAUGGCUAUCCCACCAACCUUUGCUGACAGAGGUGUCUCAGCUCAGAUUCAGGCAUGCUAUUGACUGGAUACAAGAGGAGAAUAUUUUGCGAGUGAUGGUCGGGCGGGGAGGGAGCAUCGUCUGUACUCUCAUCAUACCCUCGGGGUAUCCUCUGUUAGGGGAGGUAACUCUGGCUGACAUCAAGGGACAUUCGGAUACUGACAUCACAGACUUGAAGCCAGUGGGGUCUGAGAGAAGCUUGACUGCCUGGGCUGAGCUGCUGGAGGAGAAGUUCGGGCGGCCAUGAUCACAACAUGUAACAACUGCACAUAAAAUACAUUGUAAAUAUCAUCACUUUUGUAGAUAUGGCAAUAAACAACAAGGAAUCCA